AUGUGUUUGCAAACUACCCCUUCCACUUGUGCUGGGAUGAGUUACAUGUUAAAGCCAGGGGAGCAAUUUGAUCAUUCAAGUACACUAUGGUCACCAAAGGGUAAGUUCUGUCUCAAAUUCACAGCUUUUGAGUCUGAUCCUAGGCAAACUUAUUUAGUCAUUCGAAUCACACAAAACAUUGGAUAUGUAGAUUGGAUUGCCAAUAGAAAUGACCCUGUUGAAAACAAUUCUGGGGUCUUAACAUUGAACCAUUCAGGUGCUUUGACAAUUACUAGUGAAGGUGGCAACCCUAUAACUUUGUACACACCGGUUCUACCUAGUGAAAAAACUGUUGGUGUCACCCUUUUGGAUUCUGGGAACUUAAUCCUUGGAGAAUAUGAUGUUAGUGGAUAUAUGAAGCAUGUGAUGUGGGAAAGCUUUGAUCAUGCUUCAGAUGUGUUGCUACCUGGCAUGAAAUUAGGUGUUAAUUAUAAGACUAAUAAGUCAUGGUCUGUUGUGGCAUCAGUUUCUAGUGGUCACCCAAGUAUAGGUUGCUUUGAACUUGCAUGGGAUCCAAAAACACACCAAUUGAUCAUUAAGAGGAGAGGAAAAGUGUAUUGGGAAAGUGGGAUGCUAAGAAAGAAUAGAUUUUUUGAGAACAUUCCAAAGAAAAUACAGCUCAUGUAUGAGUACAAAAUUGUCUCAAAUAAGGAUGAGGAGUCCUUCAGUUACACAAGUCGCAAUGAUCAAUCCCAGUGGGUUCUGUUUCAGGAUGGGAAUGUAAAGGAUACAGGAAUGGAUGCUACCAUUGUUCAUUCUCAUUCUUGUUACCACUCCUUCAACACCAAAGAUGGUUGCCAAAUAUCUGAUCAACCCAAGUGUAGACAUCCCAAUGAUAAAUUUGAAGUUGAUUUUGGAUAUUUUGAUCACCAAUCCUUUCAAGGAGGAUUUUUCAUAAAAGACAAUGACAUCAAAUUAUUUGAAAGUGAUUGUGAAGAUACUUGCUGGAACAAUUGUAGUUGUGUUGGGUUCACACCUCAUUUUCCCAAUCAAACUGGGUGUAUAUAUUAUUAUGGAAAUUGGGUGCCAAUUAAAGUAAAGGCAUCUACAUUAAGUAUCCACAUUCUUGUAAAGGCACGCAAAGAAAUGAAGUGGAUAAAAAUUGGUGUUCCGACAGGAUCAGCAUUACUCUUAAUUAGCUUUGGGAUUUUCUGCCUAAGCCAUAGGAGAAGAAAAGCAGCAAAUCAAGAGAGGAAGAGAAGCAAAAUGCAUAAUGACAAGCUUAAUCUCAUGGUGUCUGAUAGAAGUAAUAGUUUUACUGAACUUCAAAAUGAAGUGAACAGUGGGAACGAUUUAAGAACUCUCAGUUAUGAAUCAAUCAUGGCAGCUACAAACAAUUUCUCACUACAAAACAAGUUAGGAGGAGGGGGAUUUGGACCUGUGUAUAAGGGUCUAUUACCACAAGGACAAGAAGUAGCAAUAAAAAGACUCUCAAAAAAUUCAGGACAAGGAGUUGUUGAGUUUAAAAAUGAGCUAAUACUCAUAUCUGAACUCCAACACAUGAAUCUUGUUCAGUUGUUGGGGUGCUGCAUUGAUGGAGAUGAGAGAAUGUUAAUCUAUGAGUACAUGCCUAACAAGAGCUUGGACUGCUUUUUAUUUGAUUCUACUCAAAGCAAAAUGCUAGAUUGGAGAAAACGUUUCAACAUAAUUGAAGGAAUUGCACAAGGAUUACUCUAUCUACAUAAGUACUCUAGAUUGAGAGUAGUUCACAGAGAUCUGAAAGCUAGUAACAUUCUUCUUGAUGCAAAUAUGAAUCCCAAAAUUUCAGAUUUUGGCAUGGCCAGAGUCUUCUCACAAGAAGAAUCAAAUUUAAACACAAAAAGGAUUGUUGGGACAUAUGGUUACAUGUCACCUGAGUAUGCCAUGGAGGGCAUUUUCUCUAUCAAAUCAGAUGUGUAUGCUUUUGGAGUCUUACUACUCGAAAUUAUUAGUGGUAGAAGGAAUAGCAGCUUCUACAAUGCUGAAAGACCACUCAAUCUAGUAGGACAUGCUUGGGAGCUAUGGAAACAAGGCCAAGGACUAGCUUUAUUGGAUCCAACUUUGCCAAAAUUGUUUAUUCAAGAUGAAGCAUUAAGAUGCAUUCAUGUUGGUCUUCUUUGUGUAGAAGAAAGUGCAGCUGAUCGUCCAACCAUGUCAGAGAUAGUACCCAUGUUGACUAGUGAAAGUGCAGCACUUCCAUUGCCUAGAAGACCAGCAUUUUAUCAUGGAAGAAAUUCUAGUGAGGAGUUUAGUUCCAUUAACCACAAUGAAACUUAUUCGGUGAAUGGUUUGACUAUUUCCAAUGUAGGUGAACGAUAA